AUGCGUCUUUCAGCCAUUGCUGUUGCUUUCUCAGCCGCAACUCUUGCGAGCGCACAACUCACGUACAACCUUACGCAAGCCCUGCAGCCCGGCAACUUCGCCAAGUACCACUGCCUCGACAACGACAAGCUCAUGGCUCUUAUGCCUCCAGUCACUGCUCAGUGUCUCGCAGAGUGUCAACUAGCCGCCAACAAAGGCGAUGGCUGCGCCGAGAAUGAUUUCGCAUGCCACUGCGUGAACUACUAUGCAUACUCCAGCCUCAUCGAACCCUGCGCCUUUGCCCUCCCCGCCAACCCCGAAACCAACCCUCCCUGCGACCAGAACGCGCUCUUCGCCGCUCGACCUAUCAUCCAGGACUUGUGCAAUUUCUUCAAUGCGACGCUGUAUGCCGACUACCGCAGGUGUCCGCAGGAGCUGAGCAGGAAGAUGACAUAUGAAAUUGUUGCAAAUGAGGAGGUUGAUUGUGGUGAUGAAUAA